AUAUAAUAUUGUUUGUGUUCAUAAAGAAUUGGUGCAUAAAUCACCUGAAAACAUAGUAUAAUUAGAAAAAUCAAUGGGUGAUUGCAGUGACUUAGAUAGACAAAUUGAACAAUUACGGAGGUGUGAAGUGAUAAAGGAAUGUGAAGUUAAAUCGUUAUGCGCUAAAGCAAGAGAAAUAUUAAUAGAGGAAAGCAAUGUACAAAGGGUGGAUUCUCCAGUAACUGUAUGUGGUGAUAUCCAUGGCCAGUUCUAUGAUUUAAAGGAAUUGUUUAAAGUUGGUGGAGAUGUUCCAGAUACAAACUAUCUCUUUAUGGGAGAUUUUGUUGACAGGGGAUUUUAUAGUGUCGAAACAUUUCUACUCUUAUUGGCAUUAAAGGUAAGAUAUCCAGACAGAAUAACGUUAAUCCGUGGUAACCAUGAAAGUCGACAAAUAACCCAGGUUUAUGGUUUUUAUGAUGAAUGCGUGCGUAAAUAUGGUUCAGUUACAGUUUGGAGAUACUGCACUGAAGUGUUUGAUUAUUUAAGUUUGUCCGCCAUUAUUGAUGACAAAAUAUUCUGUGUCCAUGGUGGUUUAUCUCCAUCGAUAACAACAUUAGAUCAGAUUCGAACUUUAGAUCGAAAACAAGAAGUCCCCCACGAUGGACCUAUGUGUGACUUAUUAUGGUCUGAUCCAGAAGAUACACAGGGUUGGGGUGUAAGUCCUCGUGGUGCUGGUUAUUUAUUUGGAAGUGACGUAGUUCAACAGUUCAACGCUACGAACAACGUGGAAUUGAUAUGUCGUGCACAUCAACUUGUUAUGGAAGGUUUCAAAUGGCAUUUCAACGAGACAGUUCUCACUGUGUGGUCUGCUCCUAAUUAUUGUUACAGAUGCGGUAACGUAGCUGCGAUACUUGAGUUAGACGAACAUUUAAAGAAAGAUUUCACCAUAUUUGAAGCUGCGCCACAGGAAUCCCGAGGUAUGCCAGCAAAACGACCACAGAUCGAUUAUUUCUUGUAAUUAACUACUUAACUUGGCUUGGAUUGCCAACUUGGUUCAACGAUGUUUUGUGAAUUGUACUUUGUGAAAAGUGGACAGCUAGACGAAUGUAGGUUAACAGAACACCGUGUUGGUUAAUAACGCUAAAAUAACACUUGUGCUAUCAAUUAUAAAGGUGCGCUCAUAUUGGCAAGAUUUUUAGAAGGAUUUUAAAGUUGUUUAUACAUGCUGCUUGGGUCUAAAUUCCGACACUGUUUUACGAAAUGUGAGCAGAAAAAAUUGACUUUGUUUUUUCGUAGUAUUAGUUAACUUGGUUUCCUAAAUUUUGUUCUUUUUUAAAGCAUUUUUGCUAUAUUACAGAGAACCCCAAUUUCUUGACCUGAACGUUUAAACUUACAGUAUUUUUUAUAACCAUGCCUUGAUGUCUUAACCGAGCCUCUCAAUUUUUCAUUCCUAAUAUUUUCCAUUCGAAACAAACUCAUCGGAUCAACGAAGUAUUAUUAUUUGACUCGAUAUCCCAAACCAGUAUUUACGUUAGGUGCUUAUAGAUAAUUUAUUUAUUGCUAGUAAAUUUGUUUUUAUCUCGAUUAAACAAGUACAGAUUUAAUUUUUUAUAUUAAAAA